CAAACAAACAAACAAACAAACAAACAAACAAACAAACAAACAAACAAACAAACAAACAAACAAACAAACAAACAAACAAACAAACAAACAAACACGCAGAAAAGCAAAAGUAGUAAACAAGCUAAAAAACAAACUUGAUAGCUCUUCUCGAUGUCCUUUGUUGUUAUCAUUCCUAGGUAGUAGAUCCGGGUACGAGAGAAAUAAAACCAGGUCAGAUAAGGGAUUGCAACAGAACAACUUUGAUCGCAGCUUGUAAACAACAAGGCUUUAGUGUUCAUGAUUUAGGAAUAUCACAAGAUAAGUAAGUUAAAAUUGUACACAAAUACUGUGCACAUAUGUUGUUGUAAACUUCAUAAAGAUUGUUUCAUUUGUGUAGCGUUGAAAGUUUAAAGAAGAGAUUAUUAGAAGGUCUUGACGUUGCUGAUAUGAUCAUUACAUCUGGUGGAGUAUCAAUGGGAGAAAAGGUUUGGGAAGAUUAAGAUUAACAUUUCUAUAUAGUGCAAAUUUACAUGUGGUUAUGAUUAAAUGCACAUUACAUCAAGUAUUACGCUCAUCUAAUUACAUACUUGGCCUAGACUAUUUUAUCUUUACAACAAAUGUGAUAUUACUUUCUUAUAACUGUGUUGAUCCUAACCCACCCUGUCAACUUUCGCUUUGGAAGGAAACCGGAGCACCCCGAGAAAACCCACGAAUUUCGGCAGAGCGUUGACUGACUCUUUCCACAUGAGUUCAUAGCGAGAAUCAAACCCAUGAUAUCAGAGGUGAAAGACGCUCGCUGAUGACUGCGCCAUCGAAGCUCCUGAUUAUCAUAUAUUAAUCAUCAUCAUUCAGAGAAAUGAAAAACUGUUUCAUAUUUUCGUUUUUCCCUUUCCUUAGGACCUUCUCAAACCGAUCUUACAAGAUGAAUUGAACGCAACAAUUCAUUUUGGGAGAGUUUUCAUGAAACCUGGGUAAAUACAUUUUUAUUGGUGGACAUUUGUGUCUUGCUGCGUCUUAUUUAACCAUCUCAUUUUGUUUAGAAAACCAACGACGUUUGCAACGUUGAAACAUAAUGAGAAGGACAAGUUGUUCUUUGCGUUGCCAGGCAACCCAGUAUCUGCUCUCGUCACAUUCUAUCUCUUUGUUUUUCCUGCGCUGAGAAAAAUGUCUGGAUAUCAGAAUGCGAAUUUACCGAAAAUAAAAGCCAAGGUGAGGCCGCUUGGUGUUUAUUUAGUGUGUGUAGAAAUAUUACUGUUCUGUGUUUCUGGUGUUAUACUGAUUCAGAUGAAGAUAUAUGUUUGUGAUGUUGUCUCUGAGUGUCCACACGGGGCAAGCUGAAACGUUUGCUUCACCACGGUGGGAAGCUAAUCAUGACUAGCCUUGGAUUGAUACCCUCAACUGAUUGAAACCUGUAUGUAUUUUCACUUACAUCAUAUAUCUUGUUCUACUCCCAGUUAUCAACAGAUGUCAAGCUGGAUCCUCGACCUGAGUACCAUCGCGUAUUGUUGUCAUGGAAACAUGAUCAUCCAAUCCCGCUGGCCACAAGUACUGGCAGUCAAUGUAGCAGCCGAUUGUUGAGCAUGCGUACAGCCAAUGCACUUCUAGUUUUACCACCAAAGACUGAAACACGAAGUAUGUUAGCAAAAGACAGUAUCGUUGAUGCACUUGUCAUUGGUAGCCUAUAGAAAGAAAUUUAUGAAAUUAUAAAUGAAAAGAAUUAUUUAGAUUAAAAUAAAUUGAAUAUUUUGCAAA